GCCUGAAUGUUGAGGUAAAGGAGUGUGGGGCGCGUGUUGUACGUGAUGAGAAUGAUGCUUCCGAGUUGUACCAAGUUCUCAACACCAUUUCUCCACGUGCUUUGGGUUUCGAAACUUAUGAGAAUCGUUUUUCUCUUUUGUACAAAACAGUUUGGCAACAUCUCAUCGUCUAUUAUUAUUAAGUCUAAUGUUGUAGCAUCUGGAUCAAUUGAGUCGGUUAAUUGUCAAAAAACAAAAAAGAGAAAAACGUUGACGUUUCCAUCCCAGAGGAUUAGACUCCAACCGACAAAGAAAAGGAGAAGAAUAGCACACGAAUGACGAGCGAACACACAGGCACCUCACUCCGCAGCUCUACAACUUCGACACUGUACAAGAGUUUUAGUGGCUUGGGACUAAGUGAUAUUUUGAAACCUGAUUUGAUAAUGCCAUUCAUCCGCACAGUGCCAUUUGAACACCAUUUAGCAUUAUACUUACCUGAGGAGGCAGAAGCAUUACUCUUACAAUUUCAAGGGAAUCCGUGUGUGCAGGGAAGUAAUGUGAAUGGUGGGGUGGAGGCUCCUGUGUCAUGGAAACCACCGGUUUUUGGAAGAUUUAAAGUGAACUGGGAUGUGGCUCUUGAUACUAAAAACAAUUGUAUGGGUUUGGGUGUUAUUGUGAGGGAUCAUAAAGGAUUAAUACAUGCUGCACUGAGCAAAACUUUAAACUGUUUACAUCCCUCAGCAAUAGCGGAAGCAGUUGGAGCAUUACGAGCUGCUGAAUUUUGUUGUGAUUUGGGCUUGCAUAACGUGGUGCUAGAAGGUGAUUCUUUGAUUGUGGUCCAAGAUAUUCUUGCCUUGGCUUCGAAUUGGUGCGCUCAUGGACAAAUUGUGGCAGAUAUUAGGGUGGUUCUAAACUCUAGAAGGAGUUGGAUGGUCAUGCAUACUAAAAGGAAUGUGAAUCAAGCAGCACAUGGACUAGCCAAGCAUGCAGUUAGGAAUCAAAUGGAUCGUAUUUGGAUAGAGGAAAUUCCCAGCUGUAUUUCAAAUAUUGUUGUUUUAGAGCAUUCUGCUCUUUCUAUUUAGAGUGUUUAGCUCUAGAUGUUUAUUGGUAUUAUAAUGAGA